GAUAUAUGGGCGUGGUCGGGGCGUGGUCACAUGGAUUCUUCAGUGAUCGUGGUUUCAAGAUCACGAAGGGAGGGGGGGGGGCGGCUCAAAAUCUUUAGUUUUGGCCAGGCCACAGCUAGGUCUGUAAUUGUCCCUAAGUCCCCCCCCCCCCCCCAAUAUAAAAGAAUCUGAAUUCGCGCAUAGUUCCAAGCAAUUUUUAUGGUUUUUCGCUGUCUGAUUAAAAAAAAAACGGCGUCUCUUUUCUCGACUCGGCUCGCCCGAGCUCCGCUACGGCUCACACGUACUCUCCGGCUAGCUCCGCACUGCGCGGCUAGCUAGCCAGCUAGCUGUAUUCAUACAGUACUAAAACACGACGAAAGAUGGCGGAGGUGAGGGAUCGAGGCUGGACUUUGGGCUCAUAUUUGCUGACUUUUCUCGUCAUCAAUUGGUUAUCAGAGAUCGGUGAUUCCAAGCUCAUAACCGUUGAGAGUUUAAAGCACUCCUCCCAUGAGACCGCCCACGAGACCUACCGACGGCUCCGCAGCCAGAUGGCUCCUACCUUCACCCAGGAGAAACUCUCUCCCCCAGCCCAAUCGUCCCAAUACCAGACACUCUCCGUCGUCAUGGAAACCAGCAAGAAACGUCAUAACCGCUUCAUCCAAGUGCAAUCCUCCCCUUCCAUUUACCCACCGAACAACGUCAUUCUGAUCGAGUACGAAUGCUUGGGGGGCGAGAUGGCCGCCGUUGAAGUCGAGGUGUGGACGGUCUACAACCAACGCUCUCGCCCAAUCCGGCACACCUGGUUGUGCAGUGAGCAUUCCAAACACACGCGGAGAGUUUUUCAGUCGUUGCAGUUACCCGACGGCAUCGUUUACCAACCAGAUUUCCUGAACCGGGAUGUGAAAAUCAUCGAGAGGAUAGAAUUGUCUGUAUGGAUAUUAAGUAUAGAUGCUUUCAGGUCCAAGAAGAGGGGCUAUUUUGAUUUGUCCAGUGCCAAGGCGAGAUAUAGCGUCCAGGUUUUGCCCACGUAUGCCAGGCCGAGGAAGAAACAUCAUAGCAUCGGAUGCUUGACGUGGGAUGCGGAGAUGAUGCUGAAAUACAGUCGGCGUUGGAAUGGAAUAUUACAGUGCAAUAAAGAAAAUGAGGUUGUUGACCUUAUGACCUUUCCCGUCGCAUUAGACAGUGGUUUCCACGGUAUCUCAAGAAACAUUGCUCCUUACAAAGAACCUGGUCUGAGAUUGCUCAUGGAUGCCAACAUCAAUAACCCAAAAUUUACAAUAUCGGCAUAUAUCUUCCUUCUUGAUUACUGCAAGCAUUCCUUGUGUAGCCUGAUCCAUCGUAAGACACAGUACACCAAUAGAUAUGUCACCCCGCUAAUCUUUUUAAAACAAGAUGGUCAAGUGUUUGUCCAGAUAGAGAAUGAUAAGAAGUCUUACAUGAGUAUGCUGAAUAAGAUCACACUACCUCUGAAGGAAUGGAUUCAGAUGGUCUAUAUACAGGACGGUCGAAAGUGGUCAAUUCAGUUCUUUACCCAGGCCUCGCCCACAUCCACCCAUCUCGUGGGGAGGAGUACGUACACCAACGAUGUCCACUACAACGAGACUGAUGCUUUCUAUCACCUUGGGGGCAGCAGUGCGGUCAGGUCUUUCAACGGUUUCAUGGUAGAGGCUAAACUCUGGCGACAUCAAGCAAUAGACCCUCAGCAGGCUGCAAAAACUCCAUUUGAUGAUCUGAAUUAUACCUCUGAGAUCUCAAGGCAUUACCAACAAUGUGACAGCUUUCAUCUAUCAAUGGAGAGGAUCUUUGACAUCUUCAAACUCAAACAUGAAGACAAACUCAAGAAGGUAACUUGCCCAAGCCAUCCUCCAUAUCUUGCCGAUAACCUUGGUGCAGGAGAAGACGAUCAAGAAUCUUGCAGAUUAUGGGAGCAACCUGCUCCCAGAAGACAACUCAGGCUCUGGAGGUUGCUGCAACAAAGUGCUGUAAUAAACAACAGCUAUGCAGCAACGCAUGAGUGGAUUGGGCAUCAGCUCUACCAGCAUGUUCUUCAAAGACUGCCGACGGAAGGCCUUGAAGGUAUGAAAAGAAAUAUACCGUGGCUUAGACAAGCUAGUUGCUAUGGUAACAUGGAUGCUGCUAGUCUCCUAGCAACGGUAUACAAUGCUGGACUUGGAGUACAGACAAACGUGUCAAAGGCUAUGAUCUACUGGCUGGUAGCAGCGCAAGGUGGCAAUCAUCUUGCUAUGCUAGCCUUAGCUAACAAACAUCACAAAGGCAUUGAUGGCGUCCCCGUUGACAUGGACUAUGCUUUCAACUAUUAUUACAAGAUUGCUCAGGAAACCGCGUUGGAUAGGACAAAGCACACAGAAAAUGAUAUUCAUUUUGAAGCGAUACGUCUGACGGACGAGCAGCAGCUACAGACCCAGACUGGUGAGAGUGGUGACUAUUUUAAAUGGCUCAAACAUCAAGCCAAACAAGGCGUGGCAGAUGCACAGCUCAAUCUAGCUCGCAUGUAUUACCAUGGUGCGGCAGGGGUGCAGAGAGACAUGGCAGCGGCCGCAGAGUUCUAUCGCCUCAAUGCGGAACAGAACCCUGCCGAUCCCGUCGCUCAGUACGACUAUGCUGUCCUUCAUCUCCGGGGUCAAGGUGUGGAGAAGGAUGAGGAGAAAGGAAUGGAUUACCUCAACAAGUCAGCUGCAUUGGGUCACGGUCCAGCGUAUACCGCCCUCGGUUGGUACAAGCUGAAUUUUGAUCAUGAUGAUAAGGCUGCGGCGCACUACUUUGAGAGGGGUGAUGCCUUGGGGCAUAGAGAUGCUGCACAUAACCUGGGAUAUAUGCAUCUAUAUGGGAGAUACCCUGGAAAAUCUAUUGAUAGGAUGAAAGCAUUUGAGUACUAUUUGAAGGCAGCCAAGGCUGAUCAUUGGGAUUCAGGUGUGAAGGUCGCUGAACUUUACAACCAAGGCAACGAACAGAUGGCAAGGAACGACGCCAUGGCUGCUGCAUGGGCCCGGUAUGUGGCAGAGAAGAACCGUGAUGUGGCCUGGGUCCUACGCUGGGCUCUGGAUGCCUAUCUGGAGAGUUCCUGGUCCCAGAGCCUGGUCUACUACGCCAUAGCAGCCGAGGCUGGUCUAGAAGUGGGCCAGUUCAAUCUGGCCUACCUCUGUGAUGAGAAUCAUGAUGGUAUUGCUGAGAGAUACAUAGAUAAAGACUGCGCCUGGAAAUACUGGCAUCUUGCUGCUGCUUCAGUUCAUCCUCAUCUAACGUCCAUCUUGAAAGUCGCAGACUAUCACUGGUAUGGCUAUAAGAAUGUCUCAAACCAAGACAAGGCUGUGGAGUAUUACAUCCAAGCUGCAGAGACUAGGCAGUCACAUGCUGUGUUCAAUUUAGCCAAUCUAAUUGAGAAUGGAGUGAACGUGAAGGAUGAUGUCUUGAUAAGGUUAGGUGUUCCAACAAACAUCUUCAGCAGCAAGAACAACAUCUCAAAGGUCAUGGAGCUGUACCGCAUAUGUCGAGAUAGCUCAGAGGAUGCAUAUUUUCCCUGUGGAUUGGCCCUUCUUAAUCUCCAACUCAGGCAGGUGUGGAAGGAACACAACUUGUCUAUACAGGUUGCCAGUGGAUGUAUGGUAUGUCUCCUGACACUGUACACAGCUGCAACGUUCCUUGGAUUCCUCGGAGGCAGCAACACACCUAAAAACAUAAACAACAAUAAUAGCAACAACAAUGCUGAUGCCUCAACAGAGCAGCAAGAAGAUGUAGAAUCAAAUCAAUCACCUACAACUCUCCUAAGUGUUGCUGCAACUAGUACAACCACUACCACAACAACAACAUCAUCAGCACAAGGUGUUGAGCGGGAUCCUGCAACAUUGGAGUCUCCAUGCACAAGUGGGUCCUCGUCUUGAGUUGUCACAACGAUGUUGCAGCAAUAAGGAUAUCACUGAAAUAGUACUUACAACACGCCUGCUACUUUAUAUAAUCAUGUGUAUAGUAUGCAUUGUGUGAUUUGGAUCUUUCCGUAAACUGUGCAAUAUGAUUGUUUGAUUGAUUGAUUGAUUUAUUGAUUGUUUGAUAUCACUAAAUGAUCCCUAUUCUUUAUUGCUUUACAUUUAUUUUUAAGAGGGAUGUAAAUUUUCAGGCCAAAUCCUGAAUUAAGACCCCUGCAAUUUAUUAUCAGGCCAUAUUUUAAGGCUUAAGCAAUCAUGAGUACAGAAUGUUAUAUUCUUAGUGAUUUCCAGACCCUCUGAUCAAUUUCAACUGUAUCCCUGUAUCUAAGCCCAUGACAUGCUGCAGUAAAAAAAAAAUCAUUUACAUGUAAUUAAUAUUAAAAUUUCUGCAAAUGUUUGACCGCUCUAUUUUUUCACAUUGGUAUUACGUAUUGACUGACUUCUUGUGAGACUCACUGACCCUUAAUUUCCUGAAAUUUCAGACAUCUGGGCCCCGUCUUACAAAGAGUUGCGAUUGAUACAAUCAAUCGUAACUCUAUGGAAAUCCAUCAGCGUCAUAAUUUUUUCUACAGGAAAUUUGCAAAAUGUCCUUUGUAAACAAAGAAGAACACCCCAAAUUGUCAAGAAAUCAAUGAAUUUAUGGAUAUACAUUCAUAUCUAGAUAUUUUUUUUAACAAACAUGUAUUUUAUAUAUUGACUUUGCUGGCUCUCCAUAGUUGCGAUUGAUUGGAUCAAUUGCAACUCUUUGUAAGACGGGCCACUGGACUAUGUUACACAAAGAUUAGCGAUCAAUUGCUAAUUGGGCUGACCAAUCAAGAUCAAUGUUACAGGUGCAUUUGGUUCAAAAUACUGACCAGGAACCAAUCAGAAGCGUUCUUUCAUAUUUGCUAUUCAUUGCUACCUGUAGUGUUACAGAGGCCUUGAUGUUAGAAUACUUGUAUGAUUCCCUAUUGAUUUGUCUAUGAUGAAAUGUGUGUCCUAUGCCCCAGUCUCACUUAUGAAACUGACCCCAAACCGACCAAUGAUGUGCCAUUGGUAAUAGUCUAAUAGCUUUGGUCGGUCUGGGUUCGGUUUCGUUGGUGUGAAUGUAGCUGAAGCCAUGAUAAAUAAAACACUGCAGGGCUCCUGUGAGAAAGGCACAUCUGUGGUUGCUUGUGAUUUAGGUGCCUGACCUGUCAUACAUGUGUUUACACCUAUAUUCAUCCUUUUUGUGAAAAAAUCAAAUAAUGCAUCUGUCCUGUGUGUUAUCAAACCAUGUGUAUGUGCCAAAAUGGUUAAUUCCGUGUAUAAUACUUGAAAAAUAUUGAUUCUUGCAUUCUUUCACUUUUAAAACUUUAUCGCUUUGAAUGACUUAUAUGACUAUGUUUGUGCACUAUGAUUGUCAUUAAUAUAUAGGUAUACACAGAAAUUGUCUUGUUCAGAGUGUUGUAUUGUUUUUUCGUGUCCAAUUGUUUGUUGAAGAUAUGUCUAAGGAAAUUCAAAUUCUUUCUAUUUUAGAGAGUUGAGUUAUAUAAGAAAGUUAGUUAUUACUGGGUUCUGAUGUAUUCAGGGUUUCGUUCAGAUUUAUGUUCAAAGAAAUGCUUAGAAUUGUGUUAAGAGCUAUGUUCGUAUUUUUCUUCAGCGUUUUGUAUAGGAUUAUGUUAUGUCCAUAUUUUUAUACUGAAUCAUGUUCAGAUUUGUGAUAUCCUCCCACAGAUGGAACUUUUAAUUGUGUUUAAUGUUCAAAGAAAUGAUAUUAUUUAAUUGAGCCAUUUUUUCAUGAUUUUGACCAUAUUUAAAGAAAAAUUAAAGAUUUUGGGACCCUUUCACCAGACAAUCAAAGUAUCUAACUUCUCCCUUAGACUUACAUGUAUGCUAGAAUGUAUCAAAUGUACCUAUUUAUAUAUCAAAGUUGAGAUGUUCUUGUUAUCUGUCAUCCCUUGUAAAUCAUAUUAGUACUAGACUAAUUGGGUGUUGCAAGAAAAUUUGCGAUCAAUUGUAAGUCUAUUUUUGGUCCCUAAAUCAAUCAAAUGUUUUGAAAUUAAUUGCAAAUUUGUGAUUGAUUGUUAAUCUGCUUCGCGAAACAAGCAGUGUAAUCUGCUUUGCUACAGUUAACAUUGAUCUAUCAAUUGUAAAAUGACACCAGAAUAUUUGCAGUCGAUUACAGAUAUUUUCCUUUAACACCCCCUUAGUGUCUAACAGUUUUGUCUUUCUUUUUUUUUCAACUUUCAAACACUUUAAAGAGUAUGUUGUAAAUAUAUGAAAAGUACUUAUUUAUGAUGUAAGCAUUAUAUUAUACUCUUGUGCAAUACAUUCCAAUGUUGUAGUUAAGUUUAAAAGUGCCUUGUAUUGCACAAGCAACAAAAUCACAAAUGUCUUCCAAAAUUGUGAUCUUCCACAGGCCAUAGUGCCUUGUGAUACUGUACAUAUAUGAAGUAUUAUAUUCUUGACUUUUUUUUUCUAGUUUGAAUGAUAGUUAUCAGUAUUAUUGCAGUGACUUCAAUAGAGAAAUUUUGUUUGGCUUAUUCGGGCCAGUUGGACAAGGAGUUGCUAUUGAUUUAAAAUUGAAUUACGAUUGCUUUCACUUGUGUACUUAAGAGAUAGAGUUGAGAAUGAUCUGAAUUUGAUCUUAAAUUGAAUGAAUUGCAACUAUUUGUCAGAUGGACACUUUGUUUUUAUUCUUCUAGUUUGUGUAGAAUUGUCCUUUUAUGUAAUUUCCAUUGUUCUAUAUGUGUAUCUUUCUUUUGUACAUAGGAUUCACUUCCCUCUUUCUCUUUUCUCUUUCUUUCAUGCUCUCUCUCCCUUCUUCACCAACUACUCUGUACUUAAUUGUUGUGUCUAUUUCCAAUGCUUAAUGGUCAGUUUUCUCCUUUUUUGAUGCUUCAAUACAUUUUUAUAGAAAAUUUGAAUAUGUAGUGACUUGGAAUAUUAUCUAUCUCCCUCUGUCUCUCUCUUGUUCUUUCUCCCUGUGUCUCUCUUUCUUUCUCCCUGUCUCGUGAUUUCUCAUUUUCCUGUCUUUUAUUUUCUCCCUAUAUUCCUUCUCUCAUUAGAUAAGAUGGGUAUAUACUCUACAUUAUUAUAUAUUCUACAUUUAUGAAUCUUUAUUACCUCUCUCUCUCUCUCUUUGUUUCUUUCUUUCCUUCUUUCUUUAUUUCUUCCUGUCUCACUAUCACUCUCCAUCUUCCUGUCUGUCUCUGUCUCUCUUUCUUGUGAUUUAUAUUUUUACUGUCUCUUGCUUUCUCCAUAUAUUCCUUUUCUCAUUAGAUCUACAUUUAUAAAUCAUUACCUCUCUCUCUCUCUUUGUUUGUUUGUUUCUUUCUGUCUGUCUGUCUUUCUGUCUGUCUUUCUUUCUGUCUUUCUUUCUGUCUUUCUUUCUUUCAUUCUCACUAUCACUCUCCAUCUUCCUGUCUGUCUGUCUCUCUUUGCCUGUCUGUUAUAUUUCCUUAUAUAUUCCUUUUAUCAUGGAAAUAUAUUCCUCUUCCAUGUAGAAGCUACAUGGAAUUGAUAUUGCCUACAUUACUCUUUAUUAUACCUUUAUUGUCUAUAGAUAUUUUAGAUGACAUUAUAUUUUGAAUGUGAACAGGUCUUCCUAAUCUUGGUUGCUUCCUUGGUCACCAGACGUGCCUUAUGAACAAAUACUGUAUAUAGUCGAAAUGCAGAAGGUUGCUAUUCUCAUAGAUUUUGUACAUAAAAUAGUUAUGCCCUUUUGAUAGUCAGUGCCAUAAUAUGUUACUGAGUUCUAUUUUCAAAAGGUAAUGCAUUCACCAUGACUACUUGUCAUACUAAAGAAUUAAAUCAAGAUCCAUUAGAUUCAGUGAGCAACAGGGAGGAUUAACACAAUUCUCGAUACGAAACAGGAUUUAGCUUUUGCAUUAUUCCUUUGUGAAACUAUCUUCGUUUGAUUGUGCAUAUUGAUGUAUAAGUCAUUAUUUUAAAAUGUUCAUUGUCAUAGAACAUGAACAAUAUUUUAUUGGAAACAUGCUGUAAUUUUCUAGUAUGCUUAAUGUACUAAAAGUAC